UCCGCAGCAGCCAGCUGACUCCAGUCGCGGAGCUGCCGCCCUCGCUUUCAUCUCCGCCUCCGCCUCGGAGGAUCCCGGCCAGGAGCGAGGGCCGGCCGCUGGCCCGCGAGCCGCCGCCGCCAUGGGGAACCGCGUUUCGCGGGAAGACUUCGAGUGGGUCUACACCGACCAGCCCCACGCCAGUCGGCGCCAGGAGAUCCUGGAGAAAAGAGGGUGAAGCUGCUCUUCUUUCUUCUGAAUCUUUUCAAGAACACUCGGAAUGACCUGUCCCAAGAAAAAGGUCCUUCUUCCUUUUGCUGUCCUGGGUCAAACAUACUUGACAACACACAAAACAGAAGAUGUUCAUUAUAUCUGGGCUUCCAUCUCUGGAGUGCCGGGAUACUGAGAAGAAUCUGCAUUUUGCCUGUAGGCGACACUUGCCUGAAAUGCAGAGCAAAGUAUCCAGAGAUAAAAUCCUUAAUGAAACCUGAUUCCAACUUGAUAUGGAUUGUAGUUUUGAUGAUUCUCACUCAGUUUGUUGCAUUUUACUUAGUAAAGGACUUGGACUGGAAAUGGGUCCUAUUUUGGGCAUAUGCCUUUGGCAGCUGCAUUAAUCAUUCAAUGACUCUGGCUAUUCAUGAAGUUUCCCACAAUAGUGCCUUUGGCCAUUGCAAACCUAUGUGGAAUCGUUGGUUUGGAAUAUUUGCUAAUCUCCCCAUUGGUGUCCCAUAUUCAGUUUCCUUUAAGAGGUAUCACAUGGAUCAUCAUCGAUACCUCGGAGGUGAUGGCAUCGAUGUGGAUAUUCCAACUGAUUUUGAAGGCUGGUUCUUCUGUACCACGUUCAGAAAGUUUAUAUGGGUUAUUCUUCAACCUCUCUUUUAUGCUUUUCGACCUCUGUUCAUCAACCCCAAACCAAUUUCUUACCUGGAAAUUAUCAAUACCGUGAUCCAGGUCACUUUUGACGUCGUGAUUUACUACGUUUUGGGAAUUAAAUCUUUAGUCUACAUGUUGGCGGCAUCCUUACUCGGCCUAGGUUUGCACCCAAUCUCUGGACAUUUUAUAGCUGAACAUUACAUGUUCUUAAAAGGACAUGAAACUUACUCAUACUAUGGGCCUCUGAAUUUACUCACCUUCAAUGUGGGUUACCAUAACGAACACCAUGACUUCCCCAACAUUCCCGGAAAAAGCCUUCCCCUGGUGAGGAAGAUAGCAGCUGAGUACUAUGAGAGCCUCCCCCACUACAAUUCCUGGAUAAAAGUACUGUAUGAUUUUGUGAUGGAUGAUACAAUAAGUCCCUAUUCGAGGGUGAAGAGGCAUCAAAAAGGCAGCGUGGUUCUGGAGUAAAUGUCAUUAAGGCCAAAGGAAUUCCUCUCUGAAACUCCAGAAUAGCUGAGAAAGUGGAAUUUUUGCAUUACUAAAAAGACCAGUGAUGUUUAGAAGCUGCCCUCCUACAAAUUCAAAGUCUGAUCUUCAUGGUAUCAAGACGCUAAUCUGGCAGUAAACAGUCAGCCUAUCUGUGCAGCAUUCAGCUUUACUCACAGGAAACUUGUUCAUUGUAUUACCACCGUGGUGGAUGUUUUCACUUAGGUCUGACACGUUGUAAGCAUAUCAUAAGAAAAGCUUUUCAAAAGCUAUUUCUAGUAUGUUGUUUUCACUAUAAUUAUUUACUUUAUUAAAACACCUAAUAAACAGCUGUUGAUCACAA